UUUUGUCACUAUUAAGGAUAGACAGUUACAUUUUUUGGAUCUAUUAUCUUAGGUCACAGCCUUGAUAGUUUGGAGGAUCUUGGUUCCAUUGUAAAUAUACUGAUUGAUCUGUAAAUUUCUUCUUUUGUACAUGGGUGGCGCUCCCUUAGCGCCUUAAUCAAUACAUAUCACACUUUUAUCUCAAAAAAAAAAUUGAAAUGCGUGUAAUAUGCUAUCAGUGCAAAUACUAAGUUUCUUUUUAGUUUCUUCAUUUUCAUAACAGCAGUGUUUGUUAUAACUCCUUGAUACUGCUGGAUGUUACAGAUUUCUUGGUCCACGGUAGCUCGUACUGUUUCCCAAAUAUUGCAACAGGAAAAUCUUGUAAUUGGUUCUUUUGUGAAGAAGAAAGAAGAAGAAAUCUGGAGAACAUCAAAAUUUGAUGUAUAGAGGAGAAAGAGCUCUCUAUUUCCUCAGCUCUCUCCUUGAUAUACUGCUGCUGAAGAAAGACAUAACAGACAGGGAUUCUCUUCUAGGGCCCUUAUUUAAGCUUCUUGGGAAAUUUCUAUCAAAUUCAUGGGUAUAUGGUGCUCUUCGCGAGCAUGAAGUGCAGGUCCAAGCUUCAUCUGCGAUUUUUCAGACCAUUUCUAGCACAGUGUGUUACGUGCAACAGACUUUGUUGUUAAUUCUUAAAGAUAUUUGUGCUUCACUUGCGAAUGCAACUACUGUAAAGGAUGACAUAACAAGUGUUAUUGACAUAAAAAUGUUGGUUGAGUUUGCUCAUUUUGUGACUGAUGGAGUCACCCGCAAUUAUGUCUUCUCUCUGUUAACUUCAGUUUCUAAGAUUGUCCCGGAGAGAAUUUUGGAGCAUGUGACCGAUAUAUUUACUGUUAUUGGAAAAUCAACAGUCACUCAGAUCGACAGCCACUCUCAGAAUAUAUUCGAGGAGCUUGUAUCCACAGUUCUCCCCUCUUGGUUGUCUAAGUCCAACAAUGUUGAUGAAUUAUUACAGACUUUUGUAGAUGUGUUGCCCGAUGUUGCAGAGCAUAGAAGGCUAUCAAUUGUUGUAUAUCUCUUGAGGACGUUGGGGGAAUGCAAUAGCUUGGCUUCAUUGCUCUAUCUUCUUUCCCAUUCUUUAGUUUUGAGGAAAGGAUCAUCUUGCCUCGAGUACGCAGGCACCUCAGACAGCUUCACUUGUCCUGUGCAGAGAGAGUGGGAGUAUGUCUUUGCAUUGCAAAUACUCGAGCAAUAUCCAUCUUCGAUAUGGCUUCAUUCUCUUGUGAAGUUUCUCCAGAAAAUUGAAACAGCUAAUCCAUGUCAAGAAUUAUACCUUGAAUUACUACUUGCAAUGGAUUUCAUUAUACAAAAAUUGCAAGGUCCAGAAUUGGCUGCAAAACUUGAAUCAAAUGAGGAUUCAGAUGACAUCCAGAGAAAACUUGAGGAGCUUAUGGAGCGGAUUGUCUUGCAGUUUGUUGAUGCAAGAAGAAAGAAAGUGGGGAAACUGUCUAGAAUUAGAAAGGAGUUAGAGGCACAUAUUAAUGCUAUCUUGAGGACAAUAACGUCGAUUAUGAUUCCCUCAGAAUUCUUCAAAGGCAUCGGUAGUUUGCUUCGCCAUACAGACAGCAGUGUGCGAAAGAAGGCUUUUGGACUUCUAUGUGAUACUGUGAAAAAUAAUGAUCCAGUUAAGCCAAAGCAUAAGUGGAGAAGCGUGGUCAAUACUUAUUCAAGUCAUCACUGGUUCCAUUUGGAUCAGAGUGCUCUUGAAUCUUUUGGCAGUAUGUGUUUGGAAAUUGUUCGACUAGUUGAUAAUAUAACUGAUGGGUCCAAUACUUCCUUGGCAUUAGCAGUUUCAACACUGGAGGUUUUGGCAAUUAGGUUUCCUUCUAAUCAUUCAAUAUUCAGCAUAUGCCUUGCAUCUGUUGCAAAAUGCAUUAGUUCCAAGGAUGUGUUGGUCUCUUCCAGCUCCCUUCGAACAACUGGUGCUUUGAUCAAUGUGCUUGGACUGAGGGCACUUCCUGAGUUACCUUGCAUAAUGAAGAAUACGAUUGCUAAAUCCCGUGACGUGUAUUUGGGUUUUCCCCUAGGAGGCAAAACUAAUGAUGAUGCAAGUUCAAAAGAAUCUGUUGGGAUGUCUGUUCUUGUCAUUUUAGAGGCAGUUAUUGACAAAGUUGGAGGUUUAUUAAGCCCAUAUCUUGGAGACAUAAUAGAACUUUUGGUGCUUCAUCCUGAAUAUGUCUCAGAAAACAAUGCGAAGUUUAAGGUGAAAGCUGAUGUUGUACGCAAGUUCUUCACUGAAAAAAUACCAGUUCGACUUGCUCUACAACCUUUGUUAAAGAUAUACUCUCGGGCUGUUGAGAUUGGGGAUUCAAGCUUGGCUAUUUCAUUUGAAAUGGUAGCUAACAUGGUUGGUGGAAUGGAUAGAUCCUCUGUUGGCAGCUAUCAUGGAAAGAUUUUUGAUCAUUGCUUGCAUGCCCUCGAUCUUCGACGUCAACACCCUGUCUCAAUUAAGAAUAUUGAUGUUGUUGAGAGAAGUAUUAUCAAUGCAAUGAUUGUUUUGACGAUGAAACUUACUGAGACUAUGUUCAAGCCUCUUUUUAUUAGGAGUAUUGAAUGGGCAGAAUCAGAGGUUGAAGACAUUUCUGAUACCGGAAUCAAGAGUAUAGAUAGGGCUAUAACUUUGCAUGUCUUGGUCAAUAAACUUGCUGAGAUUCAUAGGUCUCUUUUUGUCCCCUACUUCAAAUAUCUGCUUGAGGGCUGUGUGCGGCAUCUUACUGAAGCAGAAGAUACCAAAAACUCCGCUUUUAUUCGAAAGAAAAAGAAGGCGAAGAUUCAGGAAUUAGGCAAUAUUGUAAAAGGAAACGAUGUGCUAUCAGUAAAACAUUGGCAUCUCAAGGCGCUAGUGUUAUCAUCAUUACACAAAUGCUUUCUCUAUGAUACUGGAAACCUGAAGUUUCUUGACUCCUCAAGCUUUCAGGUUCUAUUGAAACCUAUUGUCUCUCAGAUUGUUGCAGAACCACCAGCGUCUUUGGAAGAGCAUCCAUAUAUACCAUCUGUUCAGGAAGUUGAUGACUUGUUGGUUGUUUGUAUUGGUCAAAUGGCAGUUAGUGCUGGAUCUGACCUUCUAUGGAAACCCUUAAAUCAUGAGGUGCUGAUGCAAACUCGGAGUGAGAAGAUGCGAUCUCGAAUUUUGGGUCUGAGGAUCAUGAAGCAGUUUUUGGAUAGCCUGAAAGAAGAAUAUCUUGUGCUUAUACCUGAAACAAUCCCCUUCCUAGGUGAACUAUUGGAGGAUGUGGAGUUGCCGGUAAAAUCCUUGGCACAAGAUGUUAUCAAGGAAAUGGAGUUGAUGAGCGGUGAAAGCCUUCAACAAUAUCUAUGAUGUGCUGCGGCUAAGGUACUUCAACAGAUCCAUUCAGCUUAUUUAGGGUCUUUGUAUUAAGUCUUUCUUCUCUCCAAAAUUUAAUUAUGAGAAAACUAGUGUAAAGAGUGUUGAGGCAAACAGGCAAGAGCUAGUUGUGGAUUAGAUGAUAGUAAUGAGGAGUUCUUGGGUUUGGGCGGCCCUUGUAAUGACGUUAUACAUUACUAAACUGGGAUGGGUAGGUUAUUAUGAGGAGGCACGUGUUUUCCAAAAUUGAUACCGUCUGUAUCAUAUAGAUUUCUUUUUUCAUAGGAACGGAUUAAUGUUUAGGUAACAUUUUUGCUCGUACAUUAUGUCAUGACAUUGGGGUUUUGGUUUUGUACCCUCGUCCUUUCAAGGGGCAUCUUAUUUUCUGAAGCAAGGAUCACGUGAGAAAUACCAAAUGCACAAUACUUGAUUUGCA